UUAAGCAAAGGAUAUUAAUGGUAUCAAGAACACAAACUAACCAAUUUAGCAUUUGAUUAUGAACGCAAAUAUGUCGAUAGUAUUAAUCAACCAAUAUAAUAUAGUUGUCUAUUGUAUUAAUCAAUUGCUGAUGUCAAAGGGGCUUAGUGAAUUAUUAUGCCAUCAUUAUUCCAAAACCUGUCGUGUUGGAAAUAAAUAGCUUUAAGUAAAAAAUGAAAUCAUUUUUUUUUGUGUAUAGUCAGUACAUCUCCAAACCUGAGAUCGUUCAUUAAUCGUGUUUCUAUUGAAUCCCGUACAGGGCAUUAAAUGGAUAUUUCAGUUGUGCCUUUACACCACCAUCCAGAGUACAUUAAAGAUUGUUGCAAUUUAAUAAACCAAGAAUGGCGGCGAAGCGAAACUGCGAGGUUACAUAGUCUAAAAGCAUCUUGCGAUUCAUUGCCAGUUUCAUUAAUUCUGCUUAAAAAUAAGUGCCUUGUUGGGCAUGCUAAAUUGUCUCCUAUACCUAGUAAACCAGACGCCUGUUUUGUCGAAUCAGUAGUAAUAAACAAAGAAGAUCGAGGAAAAGGUUAUGGAAGUAUUUUAAUGAAAGAAGCUGAGGAAUAUUGCAGGUGUUUGUUAAACUUAAAUAUACUGUUUUUGUCAACAAGGGGACAGGAAGAAUUUUACAAAAAAUUAGGCUACAUGGAAUGUAUGCCAGUGUCACUAUAUAGUAACUAUGUUCCAAAAAACAUAGAAAAUAAAGAAACUAGUGUCUUUAUUGCCACUAAAGCACCACCACCACCACCACUACCAAAGAAUGAGGUUAUGGAUAAGACAACAUUGAAAACAUUUAUGCAAAAGAAUUUGAUAUAG